UUUUUUUUUCAUAGUGUUAAUAAAUAUGCGUAUUCUUCGCACCGCAAUCAAGAAGAUCCAUAUUUUGUCAUUAGGUCAGUAAUUCAUGCCAUGCCUACGUUUCAAAGAUGAUAAAUUAUGCAUUUGAGUUAUCAAUAAUAGUCUAUUUAUCUUGAACGGCAAAUGUUAAGACAUAAUUAAGAAGAAUGUCUGUUUCAUUGCCUGGCCAAUAUGUGGGACCGUAUAGAUUGGAAAAAACUUUGGGGAAAGGCCAAACAGGUCUUGUGAAGCUGGGAGUGCAUUGUGUCUCUGGAAAAAAAGUUGCUGUAAAGAUUGUGAACAGAGAAAAACUGAGUGAAAGUGUCAUCAAUAAGGUUGAAAGGGAAAUAGCAAUCAUGAAGUUGAUUGAGCAUCCUCACAUAUUGGGAUUACACGAUGUUUAUGAAAAUAGAAAAUAUUUAUAUCUUAUUCUUGAGCUUGUUUCUGGUGGAGAAUUGUUUGAUUAUUUGGUGCAAAAAGGAAGGUUAAUACCAAGAGAGGCUCGUAGAUUCUUUCGUCAAAUUGUUUCCGCUGUAGAUUAUUGCCACAAUCAUAAUGUAUGUCACAGAGAUCUGAAGCCUGAAAAUCUUUUACUGGAUGAAAAAAAUAAUAUCAAAGUAGCAGAUUUUGGAAUGGCAUCUUUACAACCUGAAGGAUAUUUAUUGGAAACUAGUUGCGGAUCUCCUCAUUAUGCUUGUCCUGAAGUUAUUAGGGGUGAAAGAUAUGAUGGUCGUACAGCUGAUGUUUGGAGUUGCGGUGUCAUACUUUUUGCUUUACUUGUGGGAGCCUUACCAUUUGAUGAUGAUAACCUUCGUCAGUUACUAGAAAAAGUCAAACGUGGAGUGUAUCAUAUCCCACAUUUUGUUCCACCUGAUGCCCAAAAUUUAUUACGAGGAAUGAUAGAUGUAAAACCAGGAAAACGACUAUCCCUUCAACAAGUUUUACAACACCAGUGGAUGAGGCCGGGUAGUAAUUCCGUUGAAGGUGUGACCCAAGUACCCCAGCCACCUCCUUCAAUCAUCGAUUGUGCCCCGGUCCCUGAUGAGGAAACUGUUGACCCUGAUGUUCUGUCAUCAAUGACUUCAUUAGGAUGCUUCUGUGACAAGAAAAAGCUUGUUUCAAAUUUAUUGAAAGAGGAGCAAAAUACGGAAAAAGUUGUUUAUUAUAUGUUAUUGAGAAGAAAGAAGAGACAUCCUAGUUUUGAUGAUGAUGCAGAUUCUCUUCCUUGCAAACAUCCAGAUGCACCAAGAAAACGUGUUGAUUCGACCACAUCACUUAACAGUGCCAACAGCGAUGACUGGUGCAGUGCACCAACAGUUGAACGAAAACUUUCAACAGAAAGCCUCUGCCUUACAGAGCAAUCAUCACCUUUGUUAAGCAGGAGAACGACUGCUGAAACACAUCAAAGGUCACGAAGUCUGACUGGCGAAACAACUUCACGAAGAAUGUGUAAUGUUGCGGAAUUGACUGCAACUGAAAAGAAUAAAUGCAAUGGUGCACAACAACAGGCUCCACAACACACUAACACUACGACAGUAUUAACACAAGUGCAAAGAAAUAAUGCGACACCUCCUACCUCUCCUAACCCAUGGAAACAAAGACUAUCAAGUUUGAAAAAUACAUUCAUGGGAUCCCCUAGAUUUCAUCGACGAAAAAUGCAACCACCAUCAACUGAAGAUGUUACAAAUGGUUCAGAUUCGUCUUCUGAACUGUCAAAACGCUCCUGGUUUGGAAGUUUUGUAAGCAGCCGGUUUUCUUCAACAGAACAUUGCGAUGAAAUACCAUUCGCCAUCGUUUUCAAGGAUCGUACAUUAAAUAGCGUGAAAGGAGAAUUAGUCCAUGCAUUUUUAUCUAUGUCAAGCCUUACUCAUUCGAUGGUCGCUCCUACACGAUUUCGCUGUGAAUAUCGUUCUUCAAGUUCCGGUUCAUCAUCUAUGUUUCAUACUCGAUCAAUCAAGUUUCAAGUGGAUAUAAUUCGUCAUCCUCCAAAUGGUGAACAAGAAAAAAGUAGCGUUCAGUCCAUGGGAACUUAUUUAAUAACGUUCACUUUGUUAUCAGGACCUUCAAGAAGAUUCAGACGAGUAUUAGAACUAUUGCAAAUGCAGAUGACUGCUACUGCCGCCUAUCAUAGAAGCAAACCUGGCGAUGCAGCAUUUGUUUGAUGAACUACUGUAAAAAUUGCUAUUGAAAAGAAAUUUCCAGUUUGUUCUUUUGAACUGGGCCUUAGUCCGAGAGGUCUAUGCCUCCCUCCCUCACUAAAUUGACAAAACUGAUGGAUGUUUUGUGUCACUAGCAUUUAUCAGCUCUCUACUAGUCUUCAAGAAUGCCCUCUUCAAGAUUACAUGCAAUUUGAUCCAAGUACCCUAACCACUGCGCUGCUUUUUUGUGUCGUUUGGGAUAUAUUUUUUCGAUAUUGCAUGCUCGUCACUGUGUCUGUAAUUAUUUCAUCACAUAUAUGUUUAUUUAUUUUUAUCUGCUGUAUUACGUUUGCACGACUACACAACAACGCUUGGUGAACUAUAAACUGCCUAUUUUACAUUUUGUAAUGUGCAAUUUUUGUUCUUUAUUAUUCUUCAAUUUAUUAGAUGACUGAUUACUGUGUGCAGUGUUUCUGUUAUUAAGUUUUAAUUUGCAGUGCCAUGACCGAUUUGGUAUAUUUUGUAAAUUGUACACAUUGGGACUUCACGUUUUUUAUGUUUUCUUUGCAAUCGUAGUUCUAUGGAUUCCGUAAUAAAAUGGUAAUUUAUCACACAAAUACUGCAGUUAUGAUUAGGAGUGUUUCAUGAAAUGUUAUUUUCUUUCUGUGAAACCGCACUGAAUUUGGUAAAUGAAGAAAUUUUCAUGUACGAUACAAUAGAUUGGAUUUUCAAAUUGUUAGUCUCUGAGAUAAAAUAUGAACUAGUUUCAUUUAUCUUUGAUGAUAAAUUAAUCAGCAUUGUUCAUUAAAAUUUUUUAUGUUGUGCUCAACUGACUAGUUUCUGAAAAAAUAACGCUGUAUAUUGUACAAAAACAAAAUAAUAUUUUUUUAAAUAUGAAUUUUGUCAAAAAAAAUAGAACACAAGAUUGCAGUAGUCUAUUAAUAAAAAUGUAUUCAAAUUUCCACAAGAAUAUCAAUCAAAAUGAAUCAUUCAAUACAGAAUUAAAUUUAUCUGAUUGUCAUUUUUUACAUGCAGUAUUAUUUUUCCAACUGUGACCAUAUAUUGAGGUACUAAAAUUUUGCAAUGCUGCUUUUUUCUUUUCUUGGUAUUACAUUGUUUUUUUCGAAUUUGCACACACUUUUUUUCAUUUUACUGCACCAAUAUAUUGCAAUUAAAACUUUUGCCUCAUUCACUCAAGAUGUUAUGUUUAACAAUCUUGCACCAAUGACUGUCAAAUUUGUAUGAUUUUUUUUACCUGUUUGGAGAAUAUCCAUACUUAAGUUGAUGAUAAUUGCUUGCUGGUGUUGGUUCAAAUGUUAUUUUUUUAGGAUUGAUCACCAGGUAGAUAUCUGAUUUGUGCAAAUUCUCGCUGGUGCUGAAUAAUUUUUCAAUCUGUAAUCGUGCAAACUUUCAUGUUGUUUUAAUUGUAUUUAUGUGAAUUAUUUAUUGUAUAAGAAUGGUACGA